CCCAGACAGGGGUGUGGUGACUGGUGAUACCUAGUUUGAGGAAGCUAGCAGCAAUCAGCAGAUACACGCGCCAACUCACUCUUCCAAUGGCGGCCGUCUCCGCCCACCCUACACCAUUUCAGACGUCGGCGCGUUCCUACGCCCUACCCUCUAAGUCUGAUGCUCGCCUCUGCUCCUCGCUAAAUUUUUCAUCAAAUCGCAAAAGGAGUGCUGCAAUUUCUGCUCAAAUUGCUGGGAAUGGGGAUAGUAAACAGCAAAACGACGCCGCUCUUUCCGUUACAGAUUCUCCUCUCGCCGCCGCCGCCGCGACCAAUUCAACCGCUGCAACAAAGAUCAAGCGCCAUACUGUUUCAGUUUUUGUUGGUGAUGAAAGUGGAAUGAUUAAUCGAAUUGCGGGAGUUUUUGCUCGGAGAGGAUAUAAUAUUGAAUCUCUUGCUGUGGGACUUAACAAGGAUAAGGCUCUUUUCACAAUAGUUGUAUCUGGAACUGAAAAAGUGUUAGAACAAGUAAUGAAGCAGCUCCAGAAGCUUGUGAAUGUAUUGAAGGUUGAAGACAUUUCAAAGGAGCCACAAGUGGAGCGUGAAUUAAUGCUCAUAAAAAUUGAUGCAGACCCAAGAUACCGUGUUGAGGUCAUGUGGCUAGUGGACAUUUUCAGGGCAAAAAUUGUGGACAUCUCUGAUUACUCACUAACAAUUGAGGUGACAGGGGAUCCUGGGAAGAUGGUUGCAGUGCAAAGGAAUUUGAGUAAAUUUGGUAUAAGAGAGAUUGCCAGGACCGGAAAAAUUGCCUUGAGAAGAGAAAAGAUGGGUGAAUCUGCUCCGUUUUGGCGGUUCUCAGCGGCUUCAUAUCCAGAUCUUGAAGAAACAAGGCCUGCAAAUACUGUCGCAAGGACUAUACGACAAACUCCCACUGGAGAGUCUAAUACAUCUGCUGGGGGAGAUGUUUACCCUGUGGAGUCAGCUUACGAUGCUUCUGUGAAUCAAGUUCUUGAUGCUCACUGGGGGGUUCUGAAUGAAGAAGAUAUUAGUGGAUUUCGUUCUCACACUCUUUCAAUGGUUGUUAAUGAUGCUCCUGGAGUCCUUAACCUUGUCACAGGGGUUUUUGCUCGGAGAGGGUAUAAUAUUCAGAGUUUAGCUGUUGGCCAUGCUGAAGUUGAGGGGUGUUCACGCAUUACCACUGUUGUUCCUGGUACAGAUGAAUCAAUUAGCAAGUUAGUCCAACAACUUUAUAAGUUGUUGGAUGUUCAUAAGGUACAGGAUCUCACGCACUUACCUUUUGCCGAAAGGGAACUGAUGCUGAUCAAGAUUGCUGUGAAUGCUGCUGCUCGUCGCACUGUUCUUGAUAUUGCCAGUAUAUUUAGAGCAAAAGCCGUUGAUGUCUCUGAUCACACUAUCACCCUUGAGCUGACCGGUGAUUUAGACAAGAUGGUUGCCUUGCAAAGGUUGUUGGAGCCUUACGGAAUUUGUGAGGUGGCACGAACUGGUAGGGUGGCAUUGGUACGGGAAUCGGGUGUUGAUUCAACUUACCUCCGAGGGUAUGCAUAUCCGGUGUAGUUAUGAACUCUCUGAAGUUCCGACUCUUAUCUUUGAGGUGUGAGCUGUUUAGACUGUAUCCAAUCUAUAGCCAAAUAAAGCAGUUGAAAAGGUACGAAGAAAAACUUCCAGCAUUGUGUAAAGUUUGUUGGAGUUUUAUUGUGUUUUUAGGUAUAGACUGCUUAAAAAUUAAAUUAUGCUUCAUGUUUGGUGACUUAUUUCAAUAACUAUUUGCUUUAGCUUUUUGUGCCUAUCUAUAGUUUGUACUUUGUAAUUAAUGGUGACAGAACUCUACUUAUUUACUUGGUGUUUGUUUCUUUU